AUGAAUCUCUCUUUUCAUGAUACAUUUGCUCUUGUACAAAAAAGUAUUACAUCAAUUAUGAAUUCAUCGCAUCAAACAGACAAAGAAAAUGCAAUUGAAAAAUCACGAAAGCUCGUUUUACGCUGUUACAAUACACUUGCUUCUCAACAAGAACUAUCUGGAGUUCAAGUUGCUUCUUAUCUCAUGAAUCGGGAUUAUCAUUAUACAACACACAAAUUUCAAGGCCUUUAUUUAAUUCAAACUGAGCGAUAUUUACAAACACAAUUAAAUGAAAUGCGCUCCAAACGAAAAUUGGAAUUUUCAUUGCAAGGUUAG